AUGGCACCGACGUUCCCCAACCUCACCAUCGAGUCACCGCCCUCGGCUCCCGGCGUGCAUGUCCUGACGAUGCACAAGCCGCCCGAGAACCGGCUGAACCAGGCGUACGCGCAGACCAUCAUCGCGGCGCUGCGCUACAUCGAGAGGGACCUGAUGAAGCCCGACUCGCCCGGGGCGGUCAUCAUUUCGUCCUUCUCGGACAAGUUCUGGUGCACGGGCCUGGAGCUGGAAGAGUCCGACACCAACAUCUACGCCAACGCCGACGGCUUCUACCCGCUGCUGGCCACGCUGGUCGACUACCCGUACCCGACGGUGGCACUGAUCACGGGCCACACGUUCGGCGGCGCCUGCCCCUUCAUGCUCUCGUGUGACUACCGCAUCAUGAACAGCAAGCGCGGCUUCAUCAGCAUGCCGCCUGUCAACCUGGGCCUGCAUUUCGACGGCAUCGGCGCCCUGCCGCGUCUCAAGCUCCACCCCAAGAUCGCCCGCAAGAUGCUGCUCGAGGCCCACAAGUGGACCGGCGAGGCGGCCCUGCAGGACGGCAUCGUCGACGAGAUCUGUGAGCCCGACAAGAUGAGGGCUCGCGCCGUCGAGUUCGCCCAGACCAUUGCCCCACGCGCCACCAUGGGUGUCUAUGGCUUGUUGAGGUCAGAACUGUGGGGGGAAGCCCUGGACAAGUUCAAGGCGAUCAGCUACGUGCACAGGAAGAGGGUCGGCACUGCGGCAAAGGCGAAGAUCUAG